AAGGCAGCGAAGUGAUAGCAGCGAAGACUUGCUGCGUCAAAACACCUCUCUUUUUUUUUUCUCCAACAAUCUCUUUCCAUGGCCUCGUUUUCGUUUUCCAACUCUCCGAAAGAUACUGGAUUUUAGAAUUCCGCUUCUCCUCAGCCUCUUUUUCUUCUUCGCAGCCCGAUUGCGACGAUUCUUUAUUGUGAGGUUUCAGCCAGGGGCUCUCGAAUCAUGCAGCGUCCGCUGGCGAUGACUCGCCGCCGGGACUUACACACGAAAAAUCUUACCUUUUCCAUUUUCCAGCUCUUCAUCCUCCUAGCCCUCUUCACACAAGAAGCCCUUUGCUUCAGCGACCGCUCCUCACUACUCCGCUUCAAGAGCUCCGUCUACGACCCUUCAGGACUGCUUGCCACGUGGUCCGCUGGCGGCGCCGACCAUUGCUCCUGGCUUGGGGUCCACUGCGACUCGCGCUUUCGGGUAGUUGCAGUCAACAUCUCCGCUUGCCCGGUCUUUGGCCGGAGUUGCCCGGAUCAGAUGUUGCGGUUCGCCGGGCAGCUACCCACCGCCGUUUUCGAUCUCACAGAGCUUAAAGUUCUCUCCUUACCGUUCCACGCCUUCUUUGGAGAGAUUCCUGGUGAAAUCUGGAAGCUAAAGAGUCUGGAGGUUCUUGAUCUAGAAGGUAAUCUCAUCUCCGGGAGUAUUCCACUGAGAUUUCCCCGUGGCUUGCGCGUGCUGAACUUGAGAUCCAACCAGAUCAAUGGUGUUAUACCGUUCUCUCUCUCAAGCUGUUUGGAGUUGGAAGCCUUAGAGCUAUCUGGAAACCAGAUUAAUGGUACAAUUCCACUGUUUUUUGAUAAGAUGGUUAACUUGAGAAAUCUGCAUUUGUCCUUCAACUUUCUCAGCAAGUCAAUUCCAGAAGAGAUUGGAGCCGGAUGUUGGAAUCUUGAGCAUUUGGAUCUAUCAGGGAAUCUUCUGUUGGGUAGCAUUCCCCACAGUCUAGCAAAUUGCAGCAAACUUCGAUCUUUGAUCUUGUUCUCUAAUCUUUUGGAUGGUUCCGUGCCUUCUGAUUUUGGUCGAUUGAAAGAACUUGAAGUUUUGGAUGUUUCACAGAACAGACUCAGUGGUGUUCUGCCCUCGGAGCUUGGAAACUGCACACAGUUAUCUGUUCUCAUACUUUCGAAUCCUUAUCAUCCAAUUCGAAGAAAGGAAGACAAUGACGAUAAGGUAAAUAUUGAUGACUUCAAUUGUUUCGAGGGUAGAAUUCCUGAUAGCAUAACGAGCUUGCCUAAUCUUAGGAUGCUCUGGGCUCCCAGAGUAUCACUGAAAGGGGCUAUCAGUAGCAACUGGGGCACUUGUGAGACCUUGGAGAUUAUUAACUUGGGAGAGAAUCUGCUAACAGGGAAAAUUCCAACGGUUUUUAAACGGUGUCAAAAUCUUAAAUUUCUUAACUUAAGCUCGAACAUGUUGACUGGUUUGGUUGGCGAGGAGCUUUCAGUGUCUUGUAUGGAUGUUUUUGAUGUCAGUGAGAAUCAGUUAUCUGGGUCAAUACCUGUGUUUGUUAACAAAGCAUGCGGAUUGCCCAAAUCCUAUGAAGAUGACCAUUUGUUUACUUAUGUUUCUUCUUUCUUGUCCAGAGCUCGUGCUGCGAUUUCCUUUCGGUUUUUCGAACCGACAAGUAGUUUUAUUGUGUAUCAUAAUUUUGGUGGAAACAACUUUACUGGUAAUCUGCCUACUUUUCCAUUAGCAGCUGAUAAAUUUGGAGAACAGAUAGUCUAUGCUUUCCUUAUUGACAGGAAUCAGCUUGUUGGGCCAUUGAUGGGUAGUUUAUUUGAGAAAUGCAAUGCAUUACAAGGGCUGGUUCUUAACUUUAGCAGUAACUUGAUCCAUGGUGGAAUUCCAGAAAAAGUAGGUACUUUGUGCAAGGGCCUAAUGGUUUUUGAUGCUUCUAGUAAUCAAAUAACAGGAAUAAUUCCCAAGAGUUUCAGGUUUGCUGAAAACCUUCUUUCUCUGGACUUGAGUAGGAAUAGACUCGGCGGCCAAAUUCCUGCUAUUUUUGAUAAUUUGAAGCACCUAAGAUUUUUCUCGGUUGCCAGUAACAACCUUAGUGGCCAAAUAACUUCAGACUUGGAUCAAUCAGUCUCUCUUGAAAUUGUGGAUCUUUCUUUCAAUUCGCUCACAGGUGUGAUCCCUGGAGGACUUGUGAAACUGAAGAAUCUUACCGCCCUCAUACUUGAUGGAAAUAAACUUUCUGGAAAGCUUCCAAACUUCUCAUCACUCUCUAUGUUCAAUGUUUCAUUCAACUAUCUGUCUGAACCUUUACCUUUUAGCUCCAGUAAAUUGAGUUGUGACACUUCCAAUGGGAGCCCCUUAUUCUCCAAAUGCCAAAAAGUGUCUCUAUCUAUUCCUCCAUCUUAUCCACGAGUGCUAGUAGAAGAUUCACAAGCAUAUAAUGAUGCUGUUAAUGCAAGCUUGCCUGCUAAGAGUAAUAAUGGAUUCAACUCUAUUGAAAUAGCCUCAAUAUCUUCAGCAUCAGCAAUAGUUUCAAUUCUUUUGGCUUUAAUUGUCCUCUAUGUUUACACUAGGAAAUGUACCCCAAGGUCGUCACAACAAACACCUGGACAAAGGGAAGUCACUAUUUUCACUGAUAUUGGCGUCCCGAUUACGUACGAGAGUGUUCUUCGAGCUACGGGAGGCUUUAAUGCUAGUAACUGUAUUGGAAGUGGUGGCUUUGGAGCCACUUACAAGGCUGAGAUUCACCCAGGAGUUCUUGUUGCUAUUAAAAGACUCUCAAUAGGAAGGCUCCAGGGUGUUUUGCAGUUUGAUGCAGAGAUAAAAACUCUUGGAAGAUGGAGGCACCCCAACCUUGUGACUCUGAUAGGAUAUCAUCUCAGUGACUCUGAGAUGUUUCUCAUAUACAAUUAUUUCCCUGGAGGUAAUCUUGAGAGGUUUAUUCAAGAAAGAUCGAAAAGGCCGACGGAUUGGAGAGUUUUUCACAAAAUUGCUAUCGAUGUAGCUCGAGCUCUUGCUUAUUUGCAUGACCAUUGUGUGCCUCGUAUUCUUCAUCGUGAUGUCAAGCCUAGCAAUAUACUUCUGGACAAUGAGUACAAUGCUUAUCUCUCAGAUUUUGGACUGGCAAGGCUUUUAGGGAACUCUGAAACUCAUGCGACCACCGGCGUCGCCGGAACUUUUGGAUAUGUUGCUCCAGAGUAUGCCAUGACUUGUCGUGUUUCUGAUAAAGCCGACGUGUACAGCUAUGGUGUGGUGCUGCUGGAAUUGCUCUCUGAUAAAAAAGCAUUGGAUCCAUCAUUCUCUCCAUAUGGAAAUGGCUUCAAUAUUGUUGCUUGGGCAUGCCUCUUACUUAGACAAGGACGAGCUCGUGAGUUCUUUACAGAUGGAUUGUGGGGCGUCGGUCCACGAGAUGAUUUGCUAGAAACAUUAGAUUUAGCUGUAAUGUGUACUGUAGAUUCACUUCCAGUCAGACCUUCUAUGAAGCAAGUUGUUCAGAGGUUGAAGCAACUCCAGCCUCCAAAUUACUAGCACCUGCAAUUCUAGCUAUUAAAAACUGACUCAGGGAAGGCUCUGUGAAAGUAAUAAUGCGCAGAUGAGUACACAACUACUAUGUACUCACUGUGUGCUCCAUCUUUUUGGAAUCUGCAAUGGGUACACAACAAUUCUCAACUUUGUAUUCCAUUUUUGGGACUGUACAAUUGCAUGCUCUUGGCUUCUGCACUUAGAGUUAGAUAUGUAGUCCCUUUUAUAAAAUUUCUCCUGUAGCGAUGAGCUGUAAAUGCCUCCAUCAGGAACAAAGCUAACUACUAGUUUGUUUGUACUAACGCAUCAUAAGCAGGGUACAUGUAAGAUGUAAAUUAACUAGUUCAGUUUUUAGAAUGAGAUAAUUGUAUCUUGAUUUCCUUUCUUCA